AUGGAUCCUGACAAAGCGUUGGUGAUGCAAGUUGAUUCUGUGGGGUUUUCAGCUCAUCGAAUCUCAUUUGGUGGUGUCAAGGGGAUCUUGCAUACAGAUGUGCAAUGGUCUCAGCAUUUUCAGGUGGGCGGUCUCAUUUCCAUCAAGGGAUUCCAGACACAAUGGUAUGAAGGUGAACUCCAGUUCUAUGCCAUGAGUCAAGACGGAGCCAUGAUUUUCAUGCAUGCCUCUGAGAAACGUGGGCGAUUGAAUACCAUGGAGACUUUCGCAGGUCUUGCUGGAUGGACACAGGUGUUGAAGCAUUUCGAUGACCAGCCAGUUUUGUUGGUUGAAGCCGACUUAGAAACUGCAAAGGUUUGUGCCGCACAGUUGGAUGUCCCAUGCCUUGAUGCCAAGUCGUAUGUUGACAGGGUGCUCAAUGGUGAACAUUUUCCAGUAUGUGUGUUGGCCGAUAAGGUGGAGAAUCCACUGGUGUGGGUUGCUGCUGGAUUGGCCAAUGUGGACCGUGUGGUUGGUUCCCCGCCAUGCCAACCUUGGUCCGGUGCUGGCAACAACAAGGGUUUGACAUGUGAAGAUGGAAGAAUUUUUCUCACUCACCUGGAAUGGGCUGUGUUCAUGAGAAUUUCAGUUGUGGUGGUCGAAAAUGUUGCAGGUUUGCCGAAGCAUGGUGAUUUCAAAGAGAUGGUACGUAAAAUUGCCGAGCAAGGGUUGACCCUUAGGACACAAGGGGUUUUUGCAUGCCAUCAGUUGCUGCCUGUUCGUCGAGAUAGGUGGUUAGGAACUUUUGUCAGCAAUGAAGCGGUUGUUGAUGAGGAACGUGUGAAAAUCGCCAGCUAUGUGAAUUUCGCCAGUUGCAUGUUUGCCUGCGUUGCCAAGACGCCCAAGUUGGGAACCUUUGACAUGGAACACAAACGAUGCCAGCCUGCUGAAAGGGAGGAGUUGAUGAUUCCUAAUGAGGCCUUGCAGUUACUUGGUGACCCCGAUGUUGCACCAUGGUGGUUGAAGGGUUCAUGUGCCGGCAUGACACAUGAAGCCUUGAUUGAGUGUCGUGUUGUCAAAGUUGGCCAGCAAUGCCCAUGUUUCAUGGCUACAUACGCCAAACAACAUGAACUUGACAUGAGUUUGUUGAAGGAAAAGGGGUUGCAGACGAUGUUGAUCCGUGAUGGCCAAGGCAUUCGCAUGUUGUCACCAUGGGAAAUGUUGGCUGCGAUGGCAUACAAGCCUGAGACCAUCCUGAGUUCCAAUGUUCAUGAAGCAUGGAAACAAGCUGGAAAUGGAUUGUCAGCAGUUCAUGCAUGGCUUGCCAUCCAUAGAACAUGCGUGCUGUUGGGAAAAGACUCACCGUGGGUUGGACAUGUCGACCCAGCAAAACAUGUGUUGGAGGUUGUUCAAGCAGGUAUGCAACUUUCCUGUUUUGAAUCAGUCAAGACCGCAGGCUUGUGGAAGCUGGUUGAGUGUGACAAUGAGCCUGCAGCAAAGAAAAGUAGGAAUGAGGAAGUACCUCCAACCGUCCCCAUUCAAGUUGAUGAUGAAGAUGAAGAUGGUGUUGCCUCGACAAAAGCAUUCGAGAAGUGUCCCAAGUUUGUGCAAGCCAAUGACCCAAGGUGGAAUGCUACCCUUGCUGCAGUUGGGGGCAACAAGUUGGUCAUUUUGGAACACAUGGAAAAGCAUUGGGUCAUGUUUGUCAAUGUGCGUGAGGGUGAUCAAAUUGGUACGGCUGUCAGAAAAGGGAUGCCUCAUGCUGAUGCCUGCCAUUUCCUUAGCUUGAGGGUUGAUGACGUCAAGGUGGAAUGGAACCAGGCUUUGCCCAACAAAGCCAUGCAGAAGCUUGUGUUUGAUCCAGUCUUCUCUGUCCUCGCAUGCCGAGAAGAAUCAAUGCCGCUUACUCUGAAGCUGCAAGCUGACGUUACAUGGACUGCACGUACUGCAUUGUCAUACGUGGCUUGUGAAGUCGGCUGCAACCCGGAGUCUUUGUCCAUGUUUCAUGGUAGGAUUGAAAUCCCAGACAAUGCCUUCCUGGGCCAAUAUGAUACUGUGGAGUUUGACCUGAAGUUCAAGGCCUGCUUACCAGCGUAUGUGUCAUGGGAAAGAAGCGGUCGCCAAGUCAAGGAUCCUGGAUUUGUGCCGUCUGCUCGUGAUGCCAGAUGGUGUGUCCGACAUCCCAACAGGAAGAUUGUGCCUACAUGUGCAGCCGAUGCCAAUGCAACAGUGUCAGGAAUUGUUCAGAUGCUCUUCCCUGAUUUGCAUGCCAACACGCCAUGGAGUGUUUUUAGUGACACGGUGGAACUUGCACCAAAUGCCCAGGUCAACUCAGUUGUGAAGUUUACCAUCCAAUGGGAUGGCGCACGUCCAUUCCCAAGAACUGAGGUCACGAAGGUCAGAUGGACGCAAGAGAUUGAUACCCCAUCGGUGCAAUCCAAAAUUGUGGAAGAUUGUCGAACUCUGGUGGUCAGAUCGCCCUUUCGAGCAAAGCCUUGUGAAAUCAAAUGUCCCAAUGAUGCAACUGUAGCAGAAAUCGCUGCGAGCUACCUGACCAUGUCAAGGGUUUUCACAAGCAUGAUGGCCUCACAGAAUGGGCAAGUUGUUGACCCUUUGAUGCGUGCAGAGUACAUCAAUGAAGCGGCAGUGCUUGACGUGAGAAUCUGUCCUUUGUUGGGAGGUGGAAAGGCUGAAAAGAAUGAGAUGUUGAAAAGUAAGUUGAAGUCCAUGCUCACUGAUCGAGGAGUUCCACAAGACGCUGUUGUAGACAGGGUUAUGGACUUGUUGAGUAAGAUUCAGUAUGACAAACUGAAUGCGCUUGGUGAUCCACAGGAGGCAGGUACAUGGAAGGCUCUCAAAGAGCUGGCAAGUGAGGCACGUUUUCGGUUGAUUUUACCUGCUGAGCUGAAGGCAUUUCAACAAAAGAAUCGAAAAGAAAAGCCUUCGACUAAGAGUGAAGUCAAGAAACCCAAAACUUUUACACCAGAAGCUCAUGCCAUUCAGGUGGAUCCUGCCCACUUUCAAGCAGAGGGAAAAAAGGUGCAAAUGUUGGAAACCAGCCGUUUUGGGCCGGACCAGUCAGGCUUAUGCAUAGUGUCGCCAGCUGAGGCGCAGAGAUGUAUGCAGGUUGGGGCUCGGUCGUGUGAUCCGUUAGCCCUUUUGGUCAUUGGAGAAGGGGUGCAACAAUUGGGAAAUACGUUUUCGAUGCCUGCUCACUUGUCCAAUGGGUCGCCAGUGAUUGUCAAAGCAUGUCUGUUACAGUUUGGUGACACCGACAUUGAGUUCAAGUUGCAGCUGCCCAUGGCUGAUGUUGUGCAGACGGCGUCCACAGUCAUCGAGUUUGGCAUUUAUAAGAACUUUGUUGGAAGUUGGCAAGAUACUGCAGUCCCCCUGCACUAUGUUGGUGUCCAUGUACCUGCAUUAAGGGGCAAUAACCUUUUGGCGGUUUGGAGUGUCAAAGCUUGGAAUGACAACAAAGUUGUACACCAUCAACAGGCCAAUCAUUGGCAUGGAUACUUUCGUGUUGCUGAUGUUUUACUUGCACAGGUUUUACCCCGAAGUGGAUCGGCAGGCAUUUUCAUGAACCCAAAGACGCUUGACAAGAAGCAUGAUCCACGGUACACCACAGUUUCUUUGCCUGCAAAGCAAUUGAGUGAGGUCAUGGCCAAAGCAGAGGCUUGCCCCAAAGCCUUGGGAAUUGCGAAAAUUGGGGAAAACUUUGCCAUCAGGUGCCUGCGUGAGGACGCAAUUUGCAUUCGAGCUCAGCUGUUGCCUGAAUCAGCCUUUGUUGAAACAGCGACAUGUCCCCAGGAUCAGGUAUUGUUUGUUGCCCGAAAUGUCCCACAAGUUUGCCGUGAAGAAUUGACUGAAGCGCUGAAGAAGACUGGAUGGGAAGCAACAGCUGUCCGUCCCCAGGGCAUGAAUCGGUGGAUCAUAGCCGCCAAGUCAGACCCAGCCAACAGUCAUGUCAUCAUCAACGGAGCCAUAAUGAUGGUUGAAAGGCUCAAUAAGGGCCAAGACAGCGUGCCUAUCACCAUGGUUGCCAGAGAGGUCAGAGUCAACACGACCCAAGAAAAUGGGGUAGUCUCCACCACCUCCAGGUUUGCAGAAUUCCGUGCACAGGUUGAAACUCAGAUUUCUCAAGCUGUUGAAGCUAAACUGCAGAUGGCCAAUACCAAGAUAGAGCAGCUGACGCAUGCACUGCAAGAGGUUCAGAACAAAACCGAGAUGUCGCACUCAAAUCUUGCAAGUGAUCUAGGACAGGUUCGAGAGGAACAAGCCUUCACUCAGAAGAAACUUGCUGAAGUGGAAUCAACUGUGGCCAACAAUGGUCAACAGAUAAUCGCCCAAAUGCAGAACAUGUUCACAAAGAUGCAGGCCAAUAUGGAGCAGACGGUGCAAGCAUUGGUCAAUGAUCCUGAAAAACGACAGAAGACCGAAGCCAAGAAUGACCCAUUUGCCAAGAAGGUGUUGGCCUUUCAGGUGCACUGCAGAUCGGACGGCAUGGUUGCACGAGGCAAUUCGGGGAGCAACGAGGAGUUGUCCAUGCCCAUGUUACCACCCAUAGCCAUGCCGAAGUUUGUGGGCGGUGGUUGGACAGGACUCAUCAACCGACUCUUUGCAAGCCUGAAGUUCCAAAAGAAUGUUGUCUUUGCCAUGUUUUUGUACGUUGGAGCAGCUCCGAUUGCUUUGGAUGCCAUCGACGGGAGGUGGAAGUCUCCUAUGACAUGUUCCUUGCCCCAACCUUUUUCUGCUGCAGAUGGAUUUUGGCGUGUAGGAGAAGCUUUGAACCCGGGACCGGUGGUGGUCCGUACUUUCAAUCCUGCACAGCUGCUUGGUCAUGAGAGUGAAAUUUGUAAAUGGCCGGAUGGAAUUUGGACAGCCGAUGCACUGGUCCACAUGGGACAUGGGUUUCGUGCGUAUGUUUGCGUUGCAUAUGCACCACCUAUCAAUAACUGCACUUAUGCCAAUGGUGAAAAGGUUUUUCUUAAUGCUAUUCUGCCUGGUCUUCAAAGAGCCACCAACUAUAAGGGCCCCGCUCUGAUUACUGGUGAUUUCAAUCGUGAUUUGGGAGACUGCAUUUUUUGGGAAUCCUUGCGUGCAAAGGGAUGGCAUGAUUGCGCUGAGCUUGCGUGGAUGAUGCAUCAGAAAGUUCCUGAACCCACUUGUAAAGAUGCUGCACGAAGAUCUUUCAUUUUGGUGAAUGACAUCAUGGCGAGGUUUUUCAAACACUGCGGUACGGUUGACCACCACAUGUUUGAUGCUCACCCGGUCUUGGAGGCUACGUUCGAUGUUGGUGAAAGUCCGUGUUGGAAACAGGCGUGGUCGCUUCCCCGAAGUGUUGAUGGCCUGCUUUUUGAUAAUGCGACGCUGGAAAAAAAUUGUGAGGUGGCUUGUAACAGCAGGGGUCAUAAAUUCCAGGAGGCCCUGGCUCUUGGACAUGCUGACAAAGCACUCGAGCAGUUUGCACUAGCUUUUGAUGACAUGAUACGCCAUAGUGCUGUCGAUGUUGAAGGUCAUGAAAUACCUGUUCCUGCAGCAUGUUUCAAGAGAUGUCGUGCCAAAGCUGUGAAGAAAAAAACCAUUUCUGCACACGUUCUCCGGCCAGGUAGAGAGGGUGACGUCCAUGUGUCCAUAGGUCAAAUCUCUAUCAAACUCAAACGUAGGGUUACUCAGUGUCGACGUCUGCUGAGCUUGGGUAGACAACUCCGAGCACGUGAAAGAAAUCCUACAGGUGAGAACUUGAUGCAAUGCAAUAUGCUUUGGAUGGCUAUUUGCUCUGCCAGCGGGUUCCAUAAAGGGUUUCAGCAAUGGAUCUUGGAUGAAAUUGGAUGGUUUGUCCCUUCCUGCUUGCCUGAACGUGUCUACGUGGAAGGACUGUAUGAAGUCUUGCAUGACAUGGUACAGAAGGAGGUCAGAGGUGAGAGGUAUGAACAAUUCAAGCGCUUCAAUAAGCUCUCACUUACAGACCUUGCCAAAGGAGGUGGAAUGGCCUAUAGGGCUGUUAAAGAGAAAUCUGCACCACCACCCACCUUUAUGUCCUAUGACGUUGUGCGAUAUUUGCGCAUCUUCCCGGACAGAAAGGAAGGAUUUCUGAACCGUCUUGUCAACCGAUGCUGGAAGUCCAAUGCUGGAAUUACCAAACAACUUGCGUCGACAUUCAAUGACAUCGGUUGGAGAUGGAUUGACAAGGAGGUCAUGGAACACUUUUCUGGACUUCGGAUGCGAUGGCUGGAGGAUUCUGUUCCAUUUGUCAUGCGGAUGUUGCAUAAAGCUUGGCCGUAUCAUGUGGCCAACCAAAUUGAACGUCCGAUGUUUGACACAGAAACCUUUGAUGCCACCUCAUUUGCCAAGAGCAUGCGCAAUAGACCGAUGCGCCACCAAGGCAUAUUGCAAACUUAUGCUUGCGGAAAGCAUGUCACCAAUGAUGGUUUAUCUCAUUAUGCCAGCAAAUCUGUGAAUGACAGGUGUGUGUUUUGCGGAGAAAAGGAUGGCAAACUUCACCGCCUUUUUCACUGUAGUGGUUUGAGUGACUUGCGUGUUAAGCAUAAAGAUGUAAUUGAGUGGCUUGGUGGACAGAAUCAGGCAGUCUGGGCCUUUUGUUUGUUUCCCGUGGUUGGACAACCGCUCAUGGAGAAGAUCUGUUUGCAGAUUCCUCGCCAAAAUGUCUUGCCUGCCCAGGUACAUGGACGUAGACAUGUUUACACAGAUGGGUCGGCCUUUUUCAAUACAUACUGGGAUUGCUGCUUAGCUGGUUCGGCUGUCAUUGAAUGGCAGCGUGAAAAGAACGUGAUGGUGGAAGUCGUCAGGCAGAUCUUGCCAUUUCAGGAUCACAGUUCUUAUAGAGCCGAAGUUUAUGCACUUGUCCUGGCCUUGGAAAAGUUUUGGUGUAUGGAUGUUUUUUCGGAUUGUGAAGCGGUUGUGUCCCAAUUUCACGCGAUGGGUGAUGCAGUUAAGCGUGGUGGAAAGGUCAUCCUAGGUCAACAUGCAGACCUGUGGGGACAAGUUUUAUGGCACCUACAGAAGUGA